UGCUCUUAGCUCUGCAGGAAGGCUUUCACUGACACUCAGCUGGCACCGAGCACACAUGCGUGGCUGGCUCAGGGCCACAAGAGAAAGUAGAGAUGUUGUAGUCUUCUCCAGGAGCAACUGGUGAUUGCCAAAUUGAGGUACGGCAGCGUCUUGGCCAACGAGCCCCCGACAUACUGAGAGGUGCGCAGCCUGCUCCCUUGCGCACAGGCGGCUGCUGUCCAGCUACAACGUGCCCUGCUCCAGCGCCACCACGGGCGGCGCAUCGGUGGAGCUGCCCCUCGGUCCUGCGCGACGCCUUCCCGCCCAGAGGUUCUCUCCCCGCCUUCUCCCAGCGCCUCCGAAAAACGCCCAUCAAGCCCCACGCCUGCCAGCAGCUCCCGGGAGGAAGCGGAGCGGGGCGGGGCAGGCGGCGCAGCGGCGCUCAGUGUGCGAGGGCUGCGCAUGCGGAGCCGUGCGCGCCACGGCGGAGCAGGGAGGCGGAGGCAGGGCACGCCCCCUGGCGCCCGCCGGGCCGCUCUUGGGAUUGUCGCCGCCCGCCUCCGUCUCCAGCUCCGCCUGGAAGCUGGGAGCGGCGGCCGAGGCGGGCAACUUCCCCCAAGUCUGCACGGGGGCACUAUGCGACCCGGCUGAGCGGAGCCCGAGAGGGGAGGGAGGAGUGAGCAGCAGAAGCAGCAAGAGCAGCAGCAGUUCUGCCGUCAUAGCGCGGCAGCCGCCCGACUCAGCCCCGUGCCCUCCCCCGGCCGGGGCAGGAGCUGCCGCGGCCGUCUCAUGUCCCGCAAGGCCAGCGACAAUGUGGAGUACACGCUGCGGAGCCUGAGCAACCUGAUGGGCGAGAAGCGGCGGCGCCAGGCGGACGGCUCCGCUGCCUCGGGUGCGGCGGCGGGCGAGCGGAGCCUCAUCGCCGCCGAGUCGUGCUCCAGCCUCAACAGCGCAGCGUCGGGCGGCGAUCUGGAGCGGGCAGCGCGGCGGCAGUUCCAGCAGGAUGAGACGCCCGGUUUCGUCUAUGUGGUGUCGGUCUUCUCCGCCCUGGGGGGCUUUCUCUUCGGCUACGACACCGGCGUGGUGUCGGGGGCCCUGCUGCUUCUCAAGAGAGAGCUCAACCUGGACGCCCUCUGGCAGGAGCUGCUCGUCUCCAGUACGGUGGGCGCCGCCGCCCUCUCCGCCUUGGCGGGCGGUGUCCUCAACGGGCUGUGUGGUCGGCGGCCCUGCAUUCUGCUGGCCAGCGGCCUCUUCACGGCGGGGGCCGGAGUGCUGGCUGCCGCCCGCGACAAGGAGACCCUGCUGGGGGGACGCGUGGUAGUGGGGCUGGGCAUCGGUGUAGCAUCUAUGACUGUGCCAGUGUAUAUCGCAGAAGUUGCUCCACCCCACUUGAGAGGCAGAUUAGUCACGAUUAACACUCUAUUCAUCACCGGAGGGCAGUUUUUUGCAAGCGUUGUCGAUGGACUCUUCAGCUACCUCGCGAAGGAUGGAUGGAGGUACAUGCUAGGCCUGUCUGCUGUUCCAGCAGUUAUACAGUUUCUUGGAUUCCUGUUUCUUCCUGAAAGUCCCCGCUGGCUCAUUCAGAAAGGCCAGACUCAGAGAGCACGACGAAUUCUGUCUCAAAUGCGUGGCAACCAGGCAAUUGAUGAGGAGUAUGACAGUAUCAAAAACAGCAUUGAAGAAGAAGAAAAAGAAGUUGGAGCAGCUGGACCUGUGAUCUGCAGAAUGCUAACAUACCCUCCAACUCGAAGAGCCUUAAUUGUGGGUUGUGGUCUGCAGAUGUUUCAACAACUGUCAGGGAUUAACACCGUCAUGUACUACAGUGCUACCAUUUUGCAGAUGUCAGGAGUUGAAGAUGACAGGCUGGCAAUCUGGCUGGCUGCACUGACAGCAUUUAUCAACUUCAUUUUUACUCUUGUGGGAGUCUGGCUCGUUGAAAGAAUGGGUCGGCGGAAACUUACACUGGGUAGCUUAACAGGUACUGCUGUAGCUCUCAUUAUCCUAGCUUCGGGAUUUUUGCUAUCAGCUCAGGUCUCGCCAAGAAUCACACUUCAUCCACCAGAUCCUUCACAUCAAAACUCUACCUGCACAAAAUACAGUUUUUGUAAUGGAUGUAUGUUAGAUCCAGACUGUGGUCUCUGCUACAAAAUGAAUAAAUCGAAUGUUGUUGAGUCCUCAUGCAUUCCUGUUGAUAAAGGUUCUACAAUGAAAGCAGCUUGGGGCAGGUGUUCCAAUGAAACGGCAUUCAAAAAGGAAGAUUUGUUUUGGGCAUACAAUUUUUGCCCCACACCGUACUCUUGGACAGCACUUUUGGGCCUUAUUUUGUACUUGGUUUUCUUUGCACCUGGGAUGGGUCCUAUGCCCUGGACUGUCAAUUCUGAAAUUUACCCUCUUUGGGCUAGAAGCACAGGAAAUGCUUGUUCCUCUGGAGUCAACUGGGUUUUCAACGUGCUCGUGUCACUGACAUUUCUGCAUACAGCUGAAUACCUGACAUACUAUGGAGCCUUCUUCCUCUAUGCAGGAUUCGCUGCCUUGGGACUGGUUUUCAUCUAUGGCUGCCUUCCUGAGACUAAAGGGAAAAAACUAGAGGAAAUUGAAUCUUUGUUUGAGAACAGGCUGUGCACGUGUGGUAUGUCAGAUUCUGAUGAAGGGAGGUAUAUUGAGUAUAUUCGGGUGAAGGGAAGUAAUUACCAUCUUUCUGACAAUGAUGCUUCUGAUGUGGAAUAAUUUUUCAGCUGCUGAUGUAUUUAAUAAUUUAAAAGCCUUCUGGAGGAAAAGCAGCUCUCUGAUGACCUCACUGCCCUGCUUCUGGUCUGGUUCUCCUUUCUACUGUCUAUUUUAAAAUGCCUUCAUGUUCAAAAAUGCUCCUUUGGGGAGGAAAUUUAAUAUGCUAGUGUUUUCUUGAUAACAAAAAGCAAUGGCUUCCAAAAGAGAUUGAAUUCCAGUUACCUGAAUUCACCAAGUAUGCAUAACUCUAGACCGUCCUGAGGUGUUUAGUAGGAAGUAGUGUGCCAGAUGAAUAGAGAAGGCAAUCCUAGAUGAUAUGGGGUUGUCUUUAUCUUCAGUGCUGUCUAAAAUGAAAUAAUAGAGUAUGUAAUCAGAAAGCAGCUGACAUGUCUGGGAUCCCCAUCCCAUAGCAGCCUAGCAAUAGCUCUGCUGUGCAGUACAAUGGGUGAUGCAUGCACAAGCUGCUGUAACAGUAGCCAUUGAAAAGGUUUAGCAGAUUAGAAAAAUACAAAUACCUGCUGUAUCUCUCAGAGGGAACCUUUCCCAAAUUUACCAUGUAAGGAUUUCCAUGUGUAUUUAUUUAAGGUAACAAGUAGAGAGCCACAAACACCUGAGCGGAGGUUCGCUAGGGUGGCAUACAUCUAUAUUACACUGGAUCAUCUAGCCACUGCUGCUCAUGAGUACACACUACAGUCAGGAGCUGGUGUUUGUAAGAGAAAAAUUAACUACUGACAGCAGGAGAACAGAACUAAAUGUGUGGCCACAUGUACAAAUGAACCGGUAUACAUUGCUAGGUACAAGGUAGAGGCUUCUGUUGGUUGAAGAAAAAAGGGAUUUCUUUUCCUUUUUUUCCAUUGGAAUGUUUGGGUCCCUGCCUAGAACACAAAUUAUCAUUCACUAAAGAAAAGGAGGGCAGAGGUUUUGUGGUGCUUAAGCUCACGGUGAUCAUCUCUCCUGCACCUUUUGCCCAUUGCCUUCAGUUUAUCUUUUAUGUGCAGAGUAAACAAAUCACAGCACAUUUUCCUUCAAAUGCCCUUAGUCAACCAGUAUGUUGCUGGAUCCAAAGAGAAAUAUUAGCAGAAGCCAACAUCUUUCAUUAAUUGCCUUACUGCAGCAUUGCAAAAGUGUCAAGAAAAUGCUAGGCACAAAAAAUCAACUUGGCUGCCUUUAGCCAUGGUAAUGCAAAUAUGAACGGAUUUUAUUCACCUCCCAUGAUUCCUUCCUUGCCUUGGCAAAUUGAAUUUUAUGCAGCUACAUAGAACUUUUAUGGGUUUGUGAUUUGCUUGGUUUUGUGGUUGGUUGGGGUUUUUUUUUGUCUUCUUGCCCUGUCCUCACUGCUUUAAAUCUUCAGAGGUAGAAGUUUGAAAGCAUAGCAUCAACAAUUCAAAUCCUUAUAUUUGAAACAUUUGCUUCAUGAAGGAUAAUUUGGAUCAGCUUCUCUGUCUUUGGGCUGCCCCCCAUUCAUCUGGUAUUUCUGUAAAGGUUUAAGGAGUUGUUGAGUUCAUCAGCUUUUUGAGAUUCACUUUGUGGGCUUUUCUUGGACUGAAAAAUAUUUUAAAUGGAGGAUUACUAUCACAACUGAGAGUGAGUAUUUGUUACUAUAUUGUUUUUAUUGGGUAGGAAGGGGCUUUGUUGUAAAGAAGCCUGAUGUUAUGUUAAUUAAUCAUCUGUGGGGCAGUUCUUACUCUUCAGUUACUGACCUUCAGUGAUGGGGUGUACUUGGGGAGCGUUCUGCCUUAUUUUAACUUCUUCAAUCAAAGAAGUAUUUUUGAAAGAAAACAUUUUAAUGCAUCUUCCUGUAACUCAACUGGGUCUAAAAGGGGAAAGCAUAGAAAAUUUCAAACAAAUCAUUACUAAGAGUGGCUUGACCUUGAAUGUCUUCUUGCACGGUGAGAGGGCUGGAUUCUCACACUUUCCAUCUUGCCUCCUCUUUAAGCGCACAAUAUUUUUACGCUUGAAAGCGUCAGCUGUUGAAAAUUCUCAGGUCCCCAGACCUAUCUACAAAUGCACCCACUGCAGGAUGCCUCCAUUAGGCUGUCACCUCUUUGAAGCCUUCACUGAACAUGCAGUACCUGACAUGAUAGAACAUUUGGCAUAGAAGGGAACAAAAUAGUUUUAAGGGAAAUUUGGUUUCUUCCUGAAAUCAAAAAUUGGGUGUUUGAAGACUCUUCCUUGGACCAGUGUCAUCCUGAACAACAUGUGAGUGUGUGUGUGUAGCUCCCAUCCAAUGCUCAUGUGGUAUCCUAUGUAGCAAUAGGUUUAAGAAGGGAUUUACUGGCUUUUCAGAAAAGAGACUUAAGUCUCUCAUGCCUCUAAAAGCUUAAGGCCACGCUCACUGUUACAGUUAUGAAUGUUCCCUUGCUUUAUGCGUUUUGCUGGAGUAGGAUGUAAGCUGGGGAGGGUGUCCCUGCACAGGCGACCGUGCUGCUGCUGACCUUAUGCUUCAUAGCACAUAAUGUCCCCAGGUAGAGGAAACUGCUCCAUUUAUUUGGCAUAACCAGAGCAAAGCCACUGGAAAGAUCACUGUCACAAGAUCAGUCUCUUCUGUUUUGCAGGCAGUGCUGGGGCCUUUUAGCAGCAGAAGAGCACCUCUCUGUGCCAGCCUUGUUUCACUGACUUUCUCCAAAGUGGCACUCAGCUGUGUGCAGCAUUGGGCUUGCUUUCUUACACAGCAAGUUUGAUCUUACUGAAAACACUUUUCAGAAGGCUGGAAUCCCCUACCCUCUUUGUGGAGGCAAAAAGAUUGAAACACGUGCAUUUUAUUCAUCACUGCUACUGGCUAGGAGGCUGCAAAAUACAGUGGCCUCUUUAUCGGCAUUCCCCUUUUCCCACACGCAAAGUUGGAUUGGAGUCUUCCUCUUAAGGUUGCUUUACUCCAAGACAAUGAUCCAUACCUGAGAAACACUGAACCUAGCACCAAGCAUCCUGAAUAAUGAAAAUGGAUCAAAUACUUAAAUUAAUCUUACUCUCUUAGGGGUUUAUUUUUAGAAUCUGUGAACGUUUAUAGUGUAUGAAGAAAAUGAAAUAAACGUUUCUAUUUUGCAAAGAUGUUUUUAUAUUUGUGCAUAUUUUAAGUUUCAAGGGAUUUUUGCUAAAGGUAGACUUAGUAAUGCUCCAGAUAAAAGAAUAAAAAUACAGUGUAGCUGAAUAAUUUCUUAGAACAGGAUAAGUAGCAUAAAUAGUAUGUCUAAGCACAAUAUAUUUUAUCAAAAGCUUUCUGCAGAAGAUGUGAAAUUGUUUCUUCACAAGGACUGCACUUAAUUCAGGUGUCCUGUCCAUCAGGAAUGCUAGAGUAAUGCUGCUGGUAGAGCUGGACAUACUGACUAUACACAACAAUUUGAGAUACUUUAAUUCUGAUUAAUCUGACUUAAUGUGUUGUGAUCUAUCAGCAGGUAUAGAAGAAAGAAAUCCUGAUGCAUUUUUAAUCUUUUUAAACUUAAUUCACAUACUGUUUGCUCACCAUGUUGAAAUACUAAAGCAUUGGGGGCCAGAGGCUGAGGUAAUUUGCCACUUGUUUCUUACCCUUUUCAGUGCUUGAUCAAAAUAAUCUUUUAAGCAGAGAAACAAACCUCCUUUAAAGAUAGACACUGAAACAAAGCAAGGGCCCCAUCCCUUGGAGGGCUGAAGUUGCAUUUUUGUAUGUGCACCUUAAUCACUCUCAUAGAUGUUGCUGCCUUGUGAGUCUCAGUUAAAAAAAUUUAAGAUGAGAGAGGAUGCAGCCUCAGGAUCAUUGUUCCCAUACUGACUUUUUUUUGGCAUGAAUUGGCUAGUGCAUCAUUUCACUAGUUAGGAUUGGGGGAGGAAAGGAAGAAAUGGUGCACCAAAAAGCCCCAUGAUGUCAUGCUUCAGUAGAGACAGGUGUCAGAGCCAAAAGGAGCAGUCUCUGCUUUGUCUCCCAUGUGGGAGAAAGAUGGUGGGACCAGGUAACUGUGCUCAGUCCUGUGGAUGGGAAGAGGGAGAAGAAAUGCUCCUCUCCCAUGCCUAUGUGAAAGUGAGAACAUGGCAGUGAAGUUUGCAAAUCAAAUACUUUUUUCUUGGCAAAAUCUCUUUUGCCUUUUGUAGUCACUUCAGUUGAGUGCUGGGGAGAAGUUUUGACUUGCAGGGACUGCAAUAGAGCCUGAACAAGGAGUUUUCCUUUGUGAGGAUGUUUGUUGCAGUCUCACAGGCACACAUGGGCUACUACAAGAGAGACCUUGUUCUUCUCAGCUUUAUACCCAGCUUUCUACUUCUCAGCAUCAACACUCCUCUAACGUGGUCUUCUUGAAAGUUACUUGUACUUGCACAAGAGGUUUUGCUGGCUGAACGUCACGAUGUGAGAAAGAUGUAGAGUCUUCACAGCACAGAGAGAUCUUGGGGUUAAAGAAUUAAGGCAGAAGAAACAGUUUUGCAAAGCACUUUAAAGACUAAGAUACUUGUGCACUUUUUCCUUGAGAGCUAACCAAACCCAUUGCUCUGCAUUGGGAAGAAAAUUGAGCUUUGUGUACCAGGCCAGAAGCAGAUAAUGCCACAAUAUGUGCUUUAUGGCAAAAUGUGUUUUUAUUGCGGGUAAUAUUUACAGCUUACAUGUAGCUGCUGCCUAUAAAGUGACUCAGUCGUUCUCUGGAUUUUAACAAGUCAUACUUCUGUGCAAAGAUCUUAGUGGUUUUCUAUCAACCUUCAUCGCCUUGUGUACAGUACAGUUAAGCAUAAUCCACCAAGUGGUCUAGGUUAUGGCAAUGUUACAAAUGUCAGCACAGUAAAAUCUAGAUGAACAUUGUUAAAGAAAUAAUUGUUGUUUGUGAUACUGGGGGUUAAAACUCCUUAAAGGCAACUAUCUAUAAAUUUUAAAAGUCUGAGAAAAAAAUGGCAGUUCUUAUCUAUUUUGUGUAUGUUUUCAUAUAGAGAAAGAGUUUUUUAUGUGCCAAUUCCCAUCAACUGUAGUGUUUUGUAAAUGGGUGUUAAUAGUGUUCAGAGCUCUGUAUAUGAGAAUGUACUUUAGCCACAAUGACCUGUUAGUGUGAACCAGUGGCAUGUUUUUAACCUUACGCCUCCCCUCAGAGGAGCUCACUCACAGGCUUUCAGUAGAGUUCACUCGUGCCAGGGGAAGUUUGACCAGCAUCAAGCCUCAAGAAUACAGAUUUCCUCCAAAUCCCAGCUUUCUCUCAUUGUCCCUGGAUGUGUUACAUGUGAAUGAUCUGGCACGUGUAAUUAUAAAUCUUCAACUCCAGUUCAGUUAUGCUCCUUGAUUCUGUUGAGGUGCAGUAUGCCAGAAUUUGGGUUGGCCUUUCAUUGUGUUUGUGUAAGGGGCAUACUGAUGGUUUGUGAAUAUCAUCCAUCUCUUUCUAAAGGAAGCAUCCAUGAUCAUAACUUCUGCAGGAGAAGCAGGUGUGAAGUGAGAAGUUUGUUGCAUGGUGCUGGGAUGCUGUGUUACACCACAGGUCCUGCCUAUUACAUACUUGCCAUCUGUUUGGUUUUAACUGCUCAAGUAGUCCCCACGAAAUUGAUUGGAUUAUUCAUGUGCUUGACAUGCACCAUGUGCUCAGUGUCCUGCUGGUCCAGGGCAUUGCUUGGAAGUGACAUGAGUCACAUCUCCGCUUUCUGUUGUGAAUCUCAAACCCCUACAAAACCAUUACCCAGAUCUUCAAGUCACAAAUUCCAUCUAGAAAUUGGAGAGAUUUCCUGGAGACCAAACUGAUUGUCUUUGUUCCACAUUGAAUGAGAAUGUGCACUUGGUGCCAUCAGGCAUACUGUAAUCCCUGAGCACAUGUCACAGGAUUCAGUACAAAACAGGUUUUGGCAAAACUCAUUAUUGGGUUGUUGAAGUUACUUCUUAACCAUGUCUAACAUGUGCCCUUUCCUUUUGCAACCAGUCAAGCCUAUAACGUAUGAAAGUGUUGUACAUUUUCUGAAACUUAAGUGAUGUAAAAUUAUUUAAUUGACUUCUGUUCUGAUUGCUUUAUGAGGUUUGGUCUUUACAUAAAAAUAAAUGUCUUCAAAGAAUUGUCAGUGCCAGAAGUGUAAAUGAACAAAAUAAAAGGUGACAUAAUGACAGAA